AUGUCAAUAUCCAAAACAAUCUUGACGAAAUAUGUUUGCACAAUGUAUAAGUUUGUAGAUUCUGGGCUUGUAAGCGCUAUAAUCGACACUGGUAUGAAUCUAGAAAUACGUGAUUGCAAAGGGAUGUCGGUCCUACACAAAACUAUUGCUGAAUCUCUAGAUACGAAUAUGGAGAUGGUAAAAGUGCUUUUGGAUCACCCGAAGAAGGCUUCUAUCUCCGCUCGAACGUGGCAGGGCAAAACAGUGAUGCAUUUGGCUUGUCACUCCCAUAAAUCUGUUGAGCUUCUUAAGAUAUUCGUAAACCACAGAGCAGAUCUCAAUUGGAUCGAUAGCUCGAAUGGAAAUACUUUGCUGCAUGAGGUAGCGGCACAUUUUGACGGAGAUCUAAGGGACAUUGCUUUGAUUGAAUACCUGCAUGAAAAUGGGGUCUCAGUCGAUGCAAAAAGCUAUCGACAACAGAUUGCGGUACAUAUUAUGAGGAUAGUUCAUGUUGAUUGCUACAAUUCUCUAAGUAUAGACUGCAAACAAACUUUCGUAUCAGUUGUUCGUCGGCUAUACCCUAAAUUCGAUAUGGGCACACGCCUCUUCCGCUAUGCAUGCACUAGUUCCGAGUAUUUAGUCUUUGCUCUAAUAUUGGCUGGCGCCAAUUUGAAUACUCGGUCUUUGUAUGGGCGCACGCCGCUUCAUUUUGCUGCUCGCGGACGGCUGUGUGGUGUUUUAUCGAUGUUGCUCAACCAUGCUCAAAGAACUGGUUGCAUCAUAGAUAUCAAUGCCCAGGAUUCAGAUGGCAUGACACCUCUUCACUUUGCCUGUAUAUCAGGUAGACCGGAAACCGUGAGUAUUUUGAUCUCAGCUGGUGCUAACAUCGAAAUAAAAACCAGGCAAGAAACGUCGGGCACAACUCCACUAAUGGCAUGUGCCAUGUUCCUCGAGGAAGAUAGUAUCUGGAAAUUGCUACAAAAGUGGAAGCUCACCAAACUCGACGCUGAAGACCCUUUCAGAGUUCUCUCAAGCCCUUCUGGGACCAUGGGGCCUGAGUCUAAACUGAAUAAAGCAACACAACAUAUUGCGUGCCGUAUUAUUUCCCAUUGA